AUGCUUCUUCCGGCGCUGAACAUCCCCAAAUGGCUUGAAGAAAACUCCCAUCUCCUCCAACCACCAGUCAAUAACUACUGUGUCUACCACCCCUCAACACCAGCCACAGCCGGCUACACAGUGAUGAUAGUGGGCGGGCCCAAUGCCCGAACCGACUUCCACAUCAACACAACCCCAGAGUUCUUCUACCAAUACCGGGGAUCAAUGCUCCUCAAGACAGUCGACAACUCAACCACACCUCCUAGUUUCCAAGAUAUCCCUAUCCAUGAAGGCUCGAUCUUCCUGCUGCCCGCGAAUACCCCACACUGCCCCGUGCGCUUCAAGGAUACUGUUGGUGUUGUGAUGGAGCAGCCGCGGGCUAAGGAUGCAGUCGAUGCUAUGAGAUGGUAUUGCAAGAACUGCAAGGAGAUUGUCUGGGAGAAGAAGUUUGUGUGUGUUGACCUGGGGACACAGGUUAAGGCUGUGGUCGAGGAGUUUGCGGCUGACGAGGAAAAGCGCAAGUGUAAGGCUUGUGGAGAGAUUGCGGCGUCGAAGUACCAGGAUGGGGAAAUCGUGCAGCCGCCGACUUAUCCUGAAUAG